AUAGAAGGUCGUGUCACUGCGUCAACUACAAACCCACACAAAAAUUCGAAAAAAGGAUAAUUUCAUUUGGAUAGCUGCAAAAACAUAAAACAAACAAUAUAGACAAAAUGAAAGUUUUAUUUAUAAUAUUUACUGUCCUGGCAGUAACAGCAGUGUGCAACGUUAGGGCUGGAAAAUAUUUAGAAGAGAAACCCGAUAUUUUAAUACCCUGUCAGUUGCAGGAUGAAAAUUUCAGCAAAUGUUUUGGUCGUAACUUUCAAGUAAUUUUUCAUGAGUGGAAAGAUGGUAUACCUGGGUUUAAGGAAGCUGGUUCCUUUGAUCCUUUAUAUGUGAAGCGUAUUGUUAUUGCUCAAGAUGACAACAAUCCGUUGGCUAUAAAUGCUGAUUUAAAAAAUAUGAUUAUAACGGGAGUUAGUGGCAUAGUAGUUAUGGAUGCCCAUUUUAAUCCGAAUACUUUGUUUUCAAAAAUUAAACUUUUUGUACCAAAAUUACGUUUUGACUCGGAUUACAAACUUAAAGGACGUAUUAUUAACUUGGCUAUAAAUGGCAAUGGCAAAGCUUUCUUUGAAGUUGAAAAUUUCACCAUGUUACUCAACAUACAAUUGAGACUACGUGACGAACAUGGUUACACAUUUUCCGAUAUCGAUAAAUUAAAGCUAGAUAUUUUGGAGGUUGGUGGCUUCCGUGUACGUUUCGAUAAUCUUUUCAAUGGCCAAGAGGUUUUGGAAGAAAGUACCAAUGCUGUGUUUAAUGAAAAUUGGCGUGACUUUUUUGAAGUUUUACGACCAGCUAUAACAGGUUCGGUAGAGGCUGUCAUGAAAGAUCGUUUAGCUAAGGCCUAUGGUUAUAUCCCAGCUAAUUAUUUUAUUGAAGAUAUACCCAGUGCUGCCGAACAUAGAGGUUAAUAAUCGUUAAUAGUUUAUAGAAUAAGAUAUUAAGUAGUUUUUAAAUCAAAUUUGGCAAUAGGUAUUAUAUAAAAAUAAAAAACUAAAAAAACACAAAUAAAAGUAUUAUAUUUGGCCAUUCCGAAUCUUGUAUACCCACCAUCAAA